AUGAAAUUCCUUACAUAUGCAUUGUUUAUACUGCACUUAAAUCUAUGUCAGCCAAAGGAAAGAUAUAAUCCUGUCAACGAUUUCUUAUUGCACGAAGCCGGCGGGCCUGUUUCGCCUUACAAUAAGGAUAGUAACUCUCAGUUCCCUAGUCUAAAGCCUGUUACGCCUUUACCAAAUCUUUCAAGUGCAGUUAUCACGCAGAAGCCACCAACAUCCGUCCCUAAUAACAAAAGGGAUUAUGUUGCACAGUUUCCUGCUCUCAAACCAGUUGCCCCAACUGCUGGGGUCACUCAGAAGCCCACAAUCAGCACGCAGACGACAGCAAAAAGGGACUAUGUAGCUCCUCAGUACCCCACUCUAAAACCAAUCAGCAACCCGAGUUUCGGAACAACGCCAAAGGUCUCGACGCAACCAAAAAGAGAUUACGUGAAUCCCAACCGACAAAACAACCAGCCGGGAAAAGUUAAGGACUUAAUAAAUUUCUAUGACAACAAAAAUCAAGGGAGUCCCGAUCUUCCUAAAGUACCGAGUUAUAGUACGAUUUUAAAAGGUUCGACGAAUAACCCACAACCAAUUACACCAGCACCAUCGCGACCGAAUACGCCAACUAAACCAACAUACAGUACCGUGUCUGGCCCUAAAUCUACUAAACUACCAAAUGUUAAUACUAAUGGAAAACCCAAUACAUUGCCCAGUUCUAUUUUAAAUAAUAAAAAUGUAGGAAGUAGUGGAGGUGGUACAAGUGAUUCAGAAUUACAAGCGUUAUCCGAGGAAUUGCUCAAAAAGGACGUCAAUAAUGCAGCGAAAUUUGUCACUGUGAAUUACCAAGAAAAGACGACAUCACAAGCAACAGACGACAAAGCUCCUAAACCAUUGCUUACUAUAUCACCUGAAGUAUGGAAUAUACCGACGAUUCAAAAAUUUGUACCACUUUUGGACAAUUACGAAAGAGACGCUACUAUCAAUGAAUAUGUCACUGCGCAGGAACGAAACGAAGAAAACGCAUUCAUGGAUGCAGUUAUGUCAACAUCAGUUAUUCGUCACUUGCUGAACUUUUUCAAAGACAAAGGAUAUGUUACUCAAGACCCACGUCAACAACGAGACUUUCUCAAGCAAAUAUGGUUCGGAUUGUAUUCUAGAGGUCGAGGGAAAAUCAGCAGCUCUGGAUUUGAACAUAUAUUUGUUUCUGAGCUGAAAAAUGAACAGAUUUCAGGAUUGCACAACUGGAUUUACUUUUCCAAAGAAGAAGCAGCCAAUCGUGCUAAUUAUUUGGGAUAUUUGAAAUACACCAACCUAGGAGAUAAAGGAGCCGUUUUGAAAUUGCACUUUAAUCAACAAGGUGUGACGAAGCCAGUAGGAACCAUGUUCAUUGGGACAUCUCCUGAGUUAGAGAUGGCGCUGUAUACUUUGUGUUAUGUAACGCGGGUAGAAAAGGAUUGUAAACUAAAACUCGGAGGAAGCGACGUAGACAUUCAAAAAAAAUUGCCCCAAGACGUGAACCCUCAAGGUGUUUUCGCUUGUAAUGAGCUUGAUUUAUCGGAGGUAAAAGUGUAUGGGUUUGAUUAUGAUUACACGCUAGCCCACUAUAAGCCCAGUUUGGAGCACCUGCUGUACAAUUUGGGUAGAGACAUGCUACUUGAGAAGUAUAAGUACCCUGCAGGAAUAGCAAAGUUAGAAUAUAAACCAGAUUUUGCAGUCCGUGGAUUACACUAUGACAUUGAAAAGGGGCUGCUUUUAAAGUUGGAUUCAUUCUUGCAAAUACAAUUUGGAGCAGUCUAUAGAGGCUUGACUCCUGUCCCCACCGAUGAAGUCCUUAAAAUAUAUAAAAAUAGGAUUAUACCUAUUGCAUAUGUGGAAGGUGAUACCAGGGCACAUAAGACAAACAUGGCGAAGAUGGUCCACCUAGCAGAUCUGUUUUCGGUACCUGAAAUGGGUUUACUCUGCAAUGUCGCCGAGUACUUUAACAAGAACCACAUCGAUUAUCACCCAGAAAUAUUAUUCUUGGAUGUCAAGAAUUCUGUCCAAAGCUGCCAUCCAAUAAUGCACAAAAUAGUUGCUCAAAACGUAGAAGAAUAUAUAAGACCGAAUACGGGUUUGAAGAAAUACUUUCAGCUCCUUCAAGAUUGUGGAAAAAAGUUGUUUCUCGUCACCAAUAGUCCAUUUCACUUUGUAAAUGCUGGCAUGGAGAUGCUCGUCGGCCACGACUGGAGGGAUUUCUUCGACGUGGUCAUCGUGAAUGCGAACAAACCGAAGUUCUUUACGGAAGUUUCACGGCCGAUCAGGGUGUUCGAUAAGAACGCGAACACACACAUAUGGGAGAAAGUGUCGUCAUUGGAGAAGGGAAUCAUUUAUUAUGAGGGUACAGUGAAACAGCUGCAGGAUCUCACAGGGUGGAGUGGGCAUCAGGUUUUGUACUUCGGAGACCAUCCUUACAGUGACCUGGCUGACGUCACGCUGGAGCACGGCUGGCGAACGGGCGCCAUCAUCAACGAACUUACGCACGAGAUAAACACAUUAAACACAAACACAUUCAAAGAGAACGCCAACUGGCUGCAAAUGCUUACGCAGCUGAUCGAGGACCACCAAGAUUAUAAGGAGCCCGAGGCGCUUGAAGUCAUCGAGAAAUGGAUGGCGGAGAGAGACUACCUCAGAAACGCGACCAAAUCCGUGUUCAAUCCACAGUUCGGGAGCGUGUUUCGUACAUAUCACAACCCGACGUACUUCUCGCGUCGUCUAUUCCGUUUCGCCGAUAUAUACACGUCAAAUAUAAGGAAUCUUCUCAACUACUCCUUAACCCACACCUUCUAUCCUCGCCGUGGUGUAAUGCCACACGAAUAUGGCUCUUAUUUCGUGUGA